AUGUCAAGCGACAACUCGGAUCAAGCGAUGGAUGUCGAUUCAAGUCACGAGCGCGCCUUACAGGCGGACACCACGCAAAGUAACGACACCGAUUCAGGCACCAAGAGCAAUGCACCGUCUGGGCCUAUCGACUCCAAGGACUUGGUGGCAAAUCAAACACUUGAUGAUUUCGAGAUCUGCCCGUGUGGAUGUCGCGAGCGGUCAAGCGAUAUAAUGAACAAGUUUUUCAAUGUGGACCCGCAAGUCCGUUUAAGUGACACCGACCAGAACCUCAUGGAGAAGCUGCGCCGAAUUCUCCAGACUACUGAUCACAAUGUGAGAAAGAGGGAAGCAAUCGAAACUCUGCAAGCCAGAUUUCUUCUAUGCGUCGGACAUUUAUGCCCCCCCAAGGCACAGUGGGGCCUGCGAAUCAAUUUCUCCAGCGGAGUGUGGAAUCAUUCCGAAAAGAUGGAACUUCUGCAUCAGAUCAAAGAUUUGGCGUUCGAUAUAAAGCAAGACUUGCUAAAGCUGAACAAGGAGUAUCAGCCGCUACAUUUGCCGGUUAUAUUCAUAGAUCAAGAUCAUCCCCGUUGGUAUCAUGGCACGGAUUUCAACGUGAAGAAGUAUGGAGUUGCUACUGACGAUGAAGAACUCGCUGGACGUUUUGACGUUAAUCGAGAACUCAAGACAUAUCUCUCGAAGGAUCUGGAAGACGAGGUUGCUAUUGAAUUCACUCCGUUAGAAUAG